AUGGACCACUCCCAUCUCAAUCCGCCCUCAUUUUCCACCUAUCUGGACCAACUCCAGAGCCCGCUUUUCUCAGUUCUCCCAGCCGAAGUCCGCAGCGAGAUCUUCGCUUUCGCGCUGACGGACUUUGAAGAUUUGAGUGUCCCGUACAGCAAGGAGACCUGCUAUCGACGCCCCGGAUACGAUGCCCCCCGUCGUACCCGGACCGAAUUGUUGCGGACAUGCAAAAGAGUCUUCCAGGAAGCGUGGUUUAUGCCGUUCGCCUACGCUGAACACGCCCUGUAUCUGACCAGCCCAGAUCGAGCGCCAAGGCGGCAUAUCACCGUCGAAAGAAUGCAGCGCUACCUCGACAUCCUGCAUGCCUCGCGGAGGGAAGACGUCAAGAUCAACCACGCCCGGAUCUUUGCCCAGUUGUGGGCCCUCGAGCCUGGUGAUCGGCUGCAAAGGGUCUUGAAUAUGCAGCACUUUUACCCAAGGAGAAUCACUAUCACGCUGCGGUACACAGACUUCUGGUACUGGGAAGCCAACGAACCGCUCCGGGUGGCAGCGAAAUGGGUGAACAUCUGCCGGUUUCCAAACAGCCUCACCAGGCUGAGCAUAGACUUCGAGAGCAUCGAACGUCGUAAGGAGGAAGUCAAUUACAUCGCCAAAGAAGCGGCCGAACGGUGGCAUUUCAGACGGCAGGAUGGGACCGUCUUGUCUGCCUGUCAGGCCGAAACAUCGAUCAUGAAAUGGACCGGCAGCUCGAUCUGGGGAGGCCAGCGCUGGAUCCGGGACGAGGUCCGCCCGAACGAGCUCGACUAUCACGCUGUGACUGUGACGUGGAGGCCUGCCCCCUCGGACGGAGACGUACCAGAGGAGUGUCCUGACCUUUCUGUCCCACGGACGUUCCCAAGACCGCCGGUUCCUAAUCCUAACCGCGGCGAGGCAUGGCUUGAACUGGACGAUUUGCGCGCUGCCAAUGUGCCGCCCGAUGCGACGGCGGACGAGGCCUAUGCCGCUAUUGUGGAGCUUCACAGGCAGAGGCAAAGAGCAAGACGCGUUCGAUGA